AAGGAAGUGGCUCAUCCAUGCAUUCUCCUCUCCGUCAGUCGCUCCUCCCUGCGCGGGGCAGCAGCAGUAGUAGUAGUAGUAGUAAUGGUGUUGGUGCUUGUGCAUGCAGACAGCCGCACCUUACUGCGCCUCUGCUCCGUCAGGCACUGCACGCCUCAGCACCGAACCUGCAGCGACCAGAGGAGGACAUAGUGAUCACCGUGACUGAAGUGUGUGAUGAAGUAGUGAAAGACGAGAAGGAGAGUGAGAGUGAAGAGCUUAAAUGUAUAGAAGUGACUUCCACGAUGUCCAGUAGAAUAGCAGCCAUCAGCCGGAGUCGCACGACCUCACGGGAGGCAACUCCUUUACCGUCCCGGGCUGUGUCACGCGUCCCAUCUCGCGAUGAACUGAACAGGGAGACAAUAAUCAUCAACCCAGUGGAGGAUGCUCUUCCAAGCCACUCUCUUGUCCUUGAGAACUCCAUUGCCUCCAACAUUCAGGAGCCCAGCAGACGAAGAAGUGAUCCACAGCAAUGGAGAGGCUCAUCCAGCAACCUCACCUCCUCGGACUCAGACUCACCAGACUCAGGCCAGGCAACAGACUCUCCCCUCACUGGCAUGGUCCCCACCAUGGACUUCAACUCGAAUAGCGAAGAUGCUGCCCCCCUGUACCGCAUGCCUAUUGUUGGAUAUGAGGUGCUGGAGGAGAGGGCACGAUUCACGAUUUUCAAGAUUCAAGUGUUCCACCAGCCCUCUGGAGAACAUUGGUUUGUGUUCCGCCGCUACACAGACUUUGUUCGUCUCAACAAAUCGCUGAGGAAGGAGUUCCCAGGAGUGCGAUUUGCUCUUCCACCGAAGAGGUGGUUUGGAGACAACUUUGAUCCUGUCUUCCUGGAGGAUCGGCAGCUGGGUUUGCAAGCUUUCAUAAAUAAUAUCAUAGGGCACACUAUCAUCCGAUCAAAGAAGUUUGUUCGAGACUUUUUCUGCCUCGACAACCCCAUAGGGCCUCAUGAAUCACUGGAGGAGAGUCGGGCUCUCUGCCAGACCCUGGAGGACACUGUGUCAGACUUGCAGGACCGCCUCAGGGAGAAGGAAGGUGAACUGAUGGUACUGCGUACACAAAUCAACUUCCUUAUGGUACAGCAGCAGACCCUGGUGAAGGCUCUCAGGCUGGAGUGUGAUCUGAAGAGUUCAGUGCCACCUGAGAGAGGCUCCUCUCAUGAUCUCAACUUGGCCCUUCUUAACAUAUGUGAAAGGACUCUUGAUGGAGGCAUCAGAAAUGGCAAGGUUAAACUUAUGGACAGGAAUGGAGCACAUGGCAUCUCCCAGGAUGUCAGUCCAGGCCAGUGUCUGAAGGUCACUGCCAUAGCAGAAACACCUCUUCGCAGGACACUGGAGAAGGCCUUCAUGCCCAGAUCCUGCUCCCACAACACCCUCUCUCCUACACAUAAUUUGAACAGGACUGCCAAGGCACUGUUUGUAACGGAGGGUGAGGGAGGAGCCAGUCGAUAGAUGCAGGUGCUGCACAGCCAGAUACCUGUCUGAGCCUGACAGAGAUAGGAAUUCUGUAUAGCUUAUUGAUGAGAGUUUCUAUGGGGAUGUCUCUGGCACCUGUUUUCACUGCAGAUCCAUUGAGGUUUACCUUUAAGAGAGGAGGCAUUGGAGUGCUACCAGAUUUAGUAUAGAGUGCAUUUCGUGUCUCUGAUGCUAAAUUGUCCACGAUACAUAUUUUCCAUGUGCAAACAUGAAGUAUGUGAGUGAGUUGGGCACAUGUUUAUCUGUUUCUAACCAUACAAGACACAAAGUCUUAACCAUUCUGCUCAAAAUUAGUAUGUUUGUGUUGACAUCCUAACAAUUUGGGUUUCAGAAUUUUAGAAUAUAUAUUUUUGUAUUCUUCAGAUUGUAUGUAUUCCUGGAGACACCUUGCAAGUCUUGAUAAGAGUUAAGUGUGAUGAAAGAGUUAGACUUUGACAAGAAUGAUAAAACUGUUAUGUUCUAUAUAUGCAAAGUCUGCUCUGGGAUACAAAGUCCUUACUUGUUCUAUCUACAGAAAGUCUCUAUAUGCAUUUCCAAUUGAGGUAUCUCUUGGACACUGAUCUUCUGUCAUGAUUAUCUCAGUUUAUAGUGAUCAUUAUCAUCUUAUGCAUUGUUUAUUCUUAAGGAAUUAAAAACAAAAAACUAUCAGGAAUCAGAUUUCCUUUUUUUUUUUUCUCUCUCUCCCAGGUCUAGUCACCGCAGUCUUUAGAGAAAUUACCAACAAUGGUGACUCUUUAACUUAGACUUGCUAUUAUCUCGUAAUAUUACUUGGCUUUCAUGAUUACUUGUGAGAUUUCCCAGCUAGAUGAAACACAGUUCAUUCUUAUGAGUUCUUCAUUGAGUUCUUUAGGUAUCACAAUUAAUGUUAGUUCUUUUUGAUACAACAAUUCUUGUGCAUAUUAUUAUUCUCUAGAAUGAUACUUAGUGUUUAAGUUUUCUUCUUUAGUUUGUUAUUAAGCUAUCAAAGUAUCACAUGCCAUGUUGAUAUAUGAACUACUAUUUAUAGCAUUUUUUUAUGUGGAAGAUAAUUUGCAUUUGUACUUGCAUUGAUCAUUUUAAUUUUGACGUUAUAAAAGAAGGAGCUUGCUUCCACUAUUCUUUUUAAGGGAGUAGGAGUGAGAGAAAGCAGGGAUGUGGGGUUGGUCAGGUACACAAGCUAUAGGGGUAUCACCUUGUUACCAUUCCUCCAUAGAUUGUUUACAUACCAGCUUCAGAUUUCUCUCACCUAUCAAAAUUACUGAGUUGUGAGAGAAUGCUGCAAGAAAAGACAUAUAUUGUACUUAAAGUCAUAAUUAAGUGAAACCUGCUGAUGGUCACUGACAUAUUAGUAUUGAGCAAAAAAAUCUGGUGUUCACCUUUGUCUGAGCACCUGAGAAUGAUAAAAGUCUAAGUUUUAUUUUGUUCCUAGUUCUUACAUGGAGUGAACUUUAUCCGUCAUUACCAGUAUAUUAAUUCCGCCUUAACACACACUUUCAUAACUAUGAUGCACAUCAAGUAUUAUUGUCAUGCGUAAUAUUAUGCAGUAACAUCCCAGAAGAGGCUCAAGUGACAAUAUUUUUUAAUCUUGGUGUCAUUUUGGUGCUUCAAAUUUCUUCCCCCUUUGCAUAUUUUGUUACCCAAUUAUGAAUGAGUGAAGGUUUGAUUGCUGGAGGAUGCCUGCCUUUCAAUUUCUGAUUGUCAAUCAAUUUACUUCAGGGAUUCCAGUAAUAAUGAUAUGCAACUAAGAACAGCCAGUAACAGUAACAUUGUCUUUCUUAAAACUUUAAAUGUACUCUGAUAAGUAAGGAGACUUUUAUACAUACUAUUAUACUUAAGUUAGAGUGAUUCUUACAUGAAGCAUUUAUAUAAUUGUUUAUAAGUGCACUUAUAUAUAUAUAUAUAUAUAUAUAUAUAUAUAUAUAUAUAUAUAUAUAUAUAUAUAUAUAUAUAUAUAUAUAUAUACCAUCUUGUGAAUAACAUGAAACCCGCUAUGUGUUACUAGUGUUAUAUGUGCUCAGAACUGAUAAAGGUUGUAGUGAUUUAAGGCAAAAUGUUGCUACCUUUAUUAAUCAAUUAUCAUUAAUAUGAAGUUUAUGGUUGAUAACUUUAUACUAACUUUGGUGCCAAGAGCAGCAGCUGUUAUGUAUGUUUCAUAUUUGUGCUACAUUCUUUUAAGUGUUAUUUCUGUCCUUUGACAUCUUCACAAUGUGUUGUGAGAUUGUGCCUGUGUUGUGUGGUGCUUGUGUAAGGCAUCAGUACAAAUAGAGAAACAAGUUAUAUUCUGGUCAGUAUCUAACAAAGUCAUUGGUACCAACAAAGAAUAUUUUUUCUGUAUGGAACCAUUGUUGAAAGCUUUGGCACAUGAUACUUAUACAGACUGAUAUUUGUGUGUUAGUAGUGAUACUCAAAUGCUCUGGUGUCAGACUAAUUUUGCUUUCUAUUUUCUUCUUUCUUUUUAAGUAGAGUUUCUUGUGAUGAUACAUACCUGCAGCACAAUAUUGUGUAGAGAUAGUACAAGCCAAGGAGAAGAUUGAGUGUUGUUGACUGGAGCACUACAAUUUGAUAUAAAGGCCAGUAAGGUCUUGUACGUGUUUCUGUGAUGCGAGUGUGUGUAGUCUGUAAGCUGGUGCAACAUAGAUCCCUUCCAGAAGCUCAUUAGAGUUCCAUGGGACAAUAUAGUAAAUUAUGAAACUCUUAAUAAUGCUGCUGGUCCCCAUCUGAGGUUUUUAGAUCAAGGAUUCAUGAAGCAAGUAUAAUAUUGUAUGGGCAAAUAUAGCAAAUUCUCUCUCUCUCUCUCUCUCUCUCUCUCUCUCUCUCUCUCUCUCUCUCUCUCUCUCUCUCUCUCUCUCUCUCUCUCUCUCUCUCCUUUUUUUCAGCACAUUUACCACUAUGAUAGAUUGCAGGAGUUUGUGCAGUGAGCUCUCACUGUGUACAAUAGUGAUGCAUGGCAAUCUCUUCCCUCCAGGAGCCCAGCUGUGCUAUAAGACAAAAAAAUAUCAUGGCUGGCUCACUUGUGCCUUAAUGCUAAAAACAAGUUUUUUUGAAAUCAUUAUUACCAUCAGUGUUAAAAUGUUUGCUUUCUUUGCCCAUUCCUUUCAACUGGUGCAGAUGGUGCUUGUAUGAGUUUUGUUUCAUUACCUGUGGUAGAUUAGCUUACAUGCUUUAUUUUGUUGUUUGUAGGUAUUCUUGAGGAUCCAAUCAAUGGGGUGUCAUGGUACAUCAGAAAAGAGUUUUUGCAUUGCUACCAUAUGAGACUUAACUCUGUGUAACCUUUUUGUAUUAAAGAUGUUGUAGUGUGUUGUCCAUUUUGACAUUUAUAACAGUUUUCUACAAGUGACACACCCAGAGAACUAACUUCUUGUAAAUAGCAAUACAGACCUUCAAGUUAAGUAUCUCAAAGUGUUCAGUAAAAAGGAACACCACUGUACUAUUUGUAUAAUAAGAUGAUUGAGAUGUUGAAUCCAAAGAUCAUGUAUAGUGGGACAUCAUAAGAUCAUGGCAUGGGUGUCAGAUGAUGAACAGCUCAUGAGUUUAUUUUGUCAUUCUUCAUAUUCUAAGGUAUUGGAUUCAACCAGAUGUUAUAUAAAAUUCCACAAAACUCAAAAAUAAGAUAAAUACUUUUUGAAAUUACAGUAUAUACUACCAUAUACUUACUUUGAAAAUAGAGCUUUAUGUGUGUGUGUGUGUUGUUUGUUUGUUUGUUUGUGUGUGUGUGUGUGUGUGUGUGUGUGUGUGUGUGUGUGUGUGUGUGUGUGUGUGUGUGUGUGUGUGUGUGUGUGUGUGUGUGAAAGAGAGAGAGAGAGAGAGAGAGAAUAUGCCCUAGCAGAUGUAUAUAUAAAACAUGCAAUUGAAAUAAUGGAAAAAUAGAGUGUAUGCACAUAUUUAAUUAAUAUUAACUGCUUUAUAAUAUUAAGACAUGAUAUUAAAUGCCUGGUACAGUAUAGGUCAUAAAUGAGAAGAAAAUUAUAAUAAUCUUUAUCCAUCAGGCCAUCUGCCUUGCACAGUGUAAUGGCUAGCUGCUAAUCUAGACAGUAUGAGAUUAUAAUGAAAUUGGAUCUCUCAUUCACAUCACCAUUAGGUCCUGAAAGAAAAAUGACCGAGCAGACAUGUUGCUUUAAGUUCAUUGAACUGCACUCUUCUUAGAAAACACAUAAUCAUCAUUGCUCAGAUGUGUCCAUUGUGGAUCAUGCCUCAUCCUUUGGCAACAGAUGUCCAGCCACUCACAUUGUUAUUGUAUAGUUUUAUCCAUGCUUGUCAUUCAAUGUAGUCUAGUCAAAGGUGCCCAGAUGCUUCAGGUGAUAUGAAUGAGAGAGUCAUCUUCAUACCAAAGGAAUAUUUAUUUGCUUAUUUAUUCUUGAAAAGAAAAUUAGAUGGACCUUGUAUAAAUCCUGAAUGUAUUUCUAAAAUAUCUGCGAGUCAAAAGUUAAAUGAAAGUAGGUGCAACGCUUGAGGCCAUUGUGCAAGCAAUGCUUUUUUCUUGUAUGAUAUAUGUAUUAAUUUUCAAAAUAUUACAUACAGUUUACUAGAAUUAGUGAAAAGGUUUAUAAAAAUGAAAGUUGGAUUUUAUAAUGCUAUAUUACUGAGAGUACAGUAUUGUUGUUGGAAACUUAACUUGGGAGUGUUGAAUGGGAAAUAUUAGCAUUUGUGGGUUGACUUUUUUUUUUUUUCCAUGGAAAAUAAAUGAUUUAACAAAUCUGGUUU